AUGGAGGCCCCACUAACCAUCUUCUUUUUCAGCCUUUUCCUGCUGGUGCUGCUGGUGGGGAUCCUGGGUGAUGGAUUCAUUGUGGGGUUGUUGGUCAGCGAGUGGAUCCGACGCAGGAAGCUCCCUCUGUGUGACAUGAUUGUGGCCGGUCUGGGAGCCUCCAGGUUCCUCCUGUUGUGGGUUGCAGUGCUGAAUGGGAUCUGUGCCUUUAUCGUCUCCAAAUUUUACCAAUACAGUAUUUUCUUCAUCUUCUUUGCCUCCCUGGCAGCAAUACUGACCCCUGUCUCUUUCUGGAUGGCUGCCGGGCUCAGCUUCUUCUACUGUGUGAAAAUCUCGACCUUCACCCAUCCCCUCUUCUUCUGGCUGAAGCAAAGGAUUUCGGGACUGGUGCCCUGGUUCCUCACUGGCUCCAUGCUGGCUUCCUGUAUCCCCAUUAUCUCAUUCACCACUGGCUAUAAGUUUAUCUCCAUCUGGAAGACUGACUCAGGGAACAGCACCGAGGUUGAGGGGAAAACCUUCCAGUCACAUUAUAUCUUAUUCGUGACACUUAUCACAUUAUGCGUCCCGUUCUUCCUGCUCCUCGUCUCCUCCAUCCUGUUGACCACCUCCCUCCAGAGACACCUACGAGCCAUCCAGCACCACGGCCCCAGCCUGCAGGACUGCAUCACCAAGGCUCACACCCGUGCUCUCGCAAUGCUGGCCUCCUUCCUCUUCUUCUACAUUUUGUAUUUCAUCUCCCUGAUCUUCACCUCGGCCUUGAUUGUUCCAUUUGGGAGUCCCUGGUUGUGGCCAGUACAGACAGUUACUUACUCGGGCCCAAUAUGCCACACCUUCUUGCUGAUGUGGAGUAACCCCAAAAUCUGGAGGGCCUUAGAGAGGGGUCUGCAGCGUGUCCCAGCCUGUUUGAGACCAUGUGGGACAGCAUAA